GCGAAGACAAAGGGGAGAGUGUAUCGGCAGGGUGAAGUUGCGCGGAAUGGAAAGCGGAUAGAACAGGCACAGAAGGAUGCGCGCAGGCGUGAAACGGACGCGGUGAACGCUCGGUGUCCGCGUGGCGCGAGUUAGAAGUUGGCUUCGCGCUUUUAGUCUCGGCCCGUGUCUCUUCUCGUUCAUCUUCGUUCACCCGUCCCGAAACAGAACAGAAGGAGGCGAGGGUUCCCGCUUCUCCUGAGGUUCCGUCGCCCGCGAAUUUUCAUCGCGAGGAAAGAGGAGGGGAAGGAAAGAAAAAGAGGAAAGGGGGAGAAAAGUGUGGAACGAAGGAACGGAUCGGCCGCGUUGCGCGACGAUGAAGCGGAUAGACGUUCGGUUCGCAGGUGACGAUCGUCCUCGCGUUCUCGCCCUCGCCACGGGACGCCCUCACCUUUCGUAGCACCAAUUCCAAUCCAAUCCCGUCGCGUGGAGGGAGGCGCGCGUUCGAUGGAACGCGCCGGAACGGGUGAAAAAUGUCCGAGAAGAGUUCAAACGAAAUUCUCGAGGGGAAGAAGAGAAGCACCGCUCAACGAAGAUGGCGCAUCCUUGCCAAGGCGUUGAUCGGCACUGAACCGAUCACCGUCGAUCCUGAGAACGAGAUAUCGGUGCGCCGUUUCACCAGCUUCGACCUGUUGAGAGUGAACCGGUUGGAGGAGGGCAACACCGCGGAUCCGGACGCGGUGUUCGCCGCUUGGUACGAAUAUUCCACCGUUCUCGACAACAAGUUGUUCACCGUGGAGAUACGCAGGAGGACAAAGAGGAACUUCACGGCGAACGAGUUGAUCGGGUUCAACAAUACGGGAAACAUAUGCGUCUGGCCGUCGGAGGAGUGCUUGGCUUAUUAUUUGUUGAAGAAUCGCCACCUGUGUCGGAACAGAAGAGUCCUCGAGCUCGGUGGCGGUAUGAGCUGUUUGGCCGGGGUGCUCGCCGCCAAGUACUGCGACCCGAAGGAAAUCGCGCUCACCGAUGGGAACGUGACCAGUGUGAACAACGUGCGACGAAUCGUAUCUAGGAACGGCAUGUCCGAUUUCGUCGAGUGCGGCGUGGUACAGUGGGCCAAAGCGGCCAGGGCGAUCAGGGCAGCAAGAUCGGUCAGGCCGUUCCUACACCCCCAUCCCAACGCUCUUCGAGUCAAGAACUGGAGUGGCGGAGCCAAGGAUGUUGCAAAAUUAACGGAAAAACUGUACGACGUGAUCCUGUGCGCGGAUUGCCUUUUCUUCGACGAGGCACGCUCCGAUUUGGUGGAGACGAUCUACGGCUGGCUGGCAAACGAUGGCCUCGCCCUGGUGAUGGCGCCUAGACGGGGAUCCACUUUUGAACAAUUUGCGGAAGCGGCGAUAAAGAGGGGUUUCGUCGCGCGGCAAAUAGAUCGUUACGAAGCCACGAUUUGGUCGAGGCAUCUGGAAUUGUUGGAGAACAGCCAGGAAUAUUGUCCAGACCUCCAUUAUCCGAUCCUUCUCGAGCUUACCAAGCAGAAGAAAACGUCGCCAGGAUGAAAAAAAAAGCUUCGAACGCGUCGAAAAAACUUCGACCGCGUUCGAGGCGAGAUCCUAACGAGAGUUCCUCUCCCCCCCCCCCCUACCCACCUCCAUCUCGGCCCAUUCCCUUCUUCCAUUCCGUUACCAUUAACCGACUUGGCUUACUUCUUCGCACUUGCCCCCUCCCCUCUCCUCUCCCACUUUUUUCUCCAGAUGUUACAAUACCCCUCCUAUCGUCCACUCUGUACAAUAUAUUCCAUCUGAACCGAGAUAAAAUCCGGCAUAACAUCGAGAUUAUAUUAAUUGUUACGUCGAAUAUCCGUUCGAUUUUCAUCAAGUAUUAGAUAGCCAUCGUUAAAUAUUGCUUAUUCGUAAACGCGAUACCGCGUUUUUUUCCCUCUUCUCUCUCUCUCUCUCUCUUCCCCCUCCCCAAAACGUACGAGUCGAGUAAACGAUAGUAUUUCAAGUACCUGAUGUUUAGACCGAUAGAAUUGAAAAAUGGUUUGUACACGGCGUAUCUGUACGAUCUACGCUGUUGCCCUGCCGGCAAGAAAAAUAUUUAGAAAUGACGAGGACGAGGACGACGUUGUUACACGUAUAUAUAUAUAUAUAUAUAUAUAUAUAUAUAUAUAUAUAUAUAUAUAUACACGGCGUAUAUAUAUGUUAUCCGAUAACCGUUUUUUCGUUUCGUGUUCCUCUCCGUGAAAUUUUUAUUGAGAAAAUUAUUAUACCUUCUUUUCGCGAGGAAACGUUUGCAUUCGUCGGGUACGUUGUUCGUGUCGAACAAAAUCGGCCGAUCGAUCUUCGAAGAAUGAAUCUCGUUUCGUUCGAUCUUCGUGGAUCGAUUUUGACCGAAACGCUACGCUUCACAUUUUUCGAUCUCUAUCGAGAGAUAUAUAUAUAUAUAAAUAUACUUCUUCGAAUACUUUUCGAUGAUAUAUAUAUAUACACUGUAUAAACUUCGAUCUAGUUAUUCGAUCAAGGGUCCAAAAUGAACCGAUUAGAAAAAUUAUAUAUAUAUAGUAUACGAUCUUUGUUAUAAGACUUUUUCACCAGUUCCUCGAUGGCCAAUUAUAUUCUUUCAAGUGUAAACGUGUUGAAAAAUAAUAAUAUAAUUUUCAGAUUUGGAAGCGGUAUACCGCGAAUAUUUAUUCGUUUAUACGCUUGUUUUUCUUUCUUACGUUUGUCUUCGUUUAUUUCGUUGAUUUAUCUCUUUUACUUUCGCGUUAUCGGAAUUCACAUUACGUUCAACAAGGAUCGUUUCUUUUCCUUCCUUCCUUUCUUCCUUCCUUCCCUUCCUUUCUUUAUAUCUGUUUUUUUCGUUUCUUCUUACUUUUUUUCUUGUUUACAACCGCGUUGCAACGCAAACCGAACCUCAGUCAUCACAAAGGACCAACUUAGUUCAGCCUAGUCAAAGCUACCAAACAAAUUUCCAUUAUCGCGUAUUACCUAUACUUAUACACCUUUACGAAGGAACAACUAUUUGUGCGUACGUGAGUAUGUGAGUAUGUGCGUGAGUGAGACAAGACAUGUAAGAAAACGUUGCAAAUAAAAUAAUAUUUUCACUUAACAUUUCGAUUGUGUUAUCUCUCGCGAUCUAUGAGGGGAAAGAAUCGACUCGUUUUAAAUUCGAUCCUUUCAAAUCUUUUCCAUUCUUGUUGACCGCUUUUCCAUUGACUUUUUAUAUAUUUCUUUUUUUUUUUGUUUCUAUCUACUGAUUACUCUUAUUAUUAUUAUCGUACAUAUUAUCAUACCCGAUUUAUUCUUGCGCUCUUUUUCCAAUCUCUAGCGGAAUGAUUGGCGUGUCGAUCCACGAUUACACAAUUCGAUCGUCAGACACGAACUUACUCGAGAUUAUUUUUGAAUGGGAACUCGUCCAUUGCGACCCUUUAGAAAUUUAUUAUUAGUAUAUACCUGAUAGAUGUUUAUCAACCUUCUUCCCCCUUACACUUGGGGAGAAACCAAUUCAACGCGAUUGUAUGCGGCGCUUGCAACGAUUUAAAAACCGCUGUGUGUUUUCGUUCUAUUAAUAAUCCGUUCGUUACAAUAAUCAUUGUAAAAGAAAAAAAUUUAAUCGGACGUACAUUCGCGCAAAACCGGCAUUUCUUACGACCGGUGAUCUCGGCGUUCAAACUCGCGUUUAACGAACCAGAUGCCGAAAUGUUUUCCAGAAAUAACGAAAACCAGCUCCAGAGAAAAUAGCAUCGAUCGUUGUUUCACGAUUAUGUUAUCUCUGAAUACCGUAUGGAUCGAUCUCUCGUCUUUCUUUCGAUUCUCCUUAUUCUCAUCCACGAAUCGAGGAUGAAGAAUAUAUCGUGAAAAUAUAAUAUUUUGACGAUUUGUACGAAAAAACAAUUUUUUUUUCUUUUUCUACAAUAAUUAGCAUCCUCGAGUUUAAAUCAUAACUCUUUUUUUUUCCUUUUUUUUUCCUCUCUCUCUCUCUCUCUUCCAAAGAUUACGACGGAAUAAGAGCAUUAAAUCGAAAAAACUCGCUCUAUAUGGAAUAUGGAAGCUCUAUAGAAGAACGAGUGAAAGAGAGAGAGAAUAAAAAAGUAAGAGGACAUAAUAGAAUGUUUCACAUAUAGGGCUGCUCACUCGAGACGAAUCAUAUAGAAUACUGCGAAACAACGUGUUCCCCUAACACGGAUAUUUGGAAACGGUUGGACACGUUGGAAACAGUUUAUCGGAAUUUUCAUAUCGCGAUGCUCGAUCGUUGAUGAACGAAGAUGACAUGUGCGAUCACCUCGCCGCACGUGUAUCGACUCGGUUCGAACUAUAGCGCUAUAUUAUACCGCGUUAUAGAUCGUUGCGGAUCUUAGUUGUGAUAUAAGCAAAAAAAAAAAAAGAAAAAGAUAGCUCGGCCACGAUAAACCAGCUUUAUUCGUAUUUAUUCAUUGGGAAUAUAAAGUGGCGAGAAAAAAAAAAAAAAAAAAAAAAGAACAAGCCGCAAAGUCACGGUAUCGAUGUUGGAUGCGGUUUACAAGACGCGCCUUUCGAACACGUAGGAACACAAGUAUACAACCCUCCAAGAUAAAAUUAGAACAAACCAUGAACCUUUUUUCCGCUCGGCCGUAAGAGAGCUAUAAAACGAUCUAACUAAACCCCGACGUUCGGAACGUCGUCGUGUAAUGUAUAUAUAUAUAUAUAUAUAUAUAUAUAUAUUUUCAAAUCUUUCAUCAAAUUAUCGAAUAAUUUUCAAAGGGACUAACCUAUUACGAGAAAAAACGUUAGCAAUUCAUUAUUUACUUCGUAAAUAACGUAAUAUGUUAAAUGUGCACAAAUUUCUUCAGACACGUGAACAAUAUUUAUGAUGGAUACGACAGAUACGAGCCGAUAGUUCCAUCUCUCUUUCGCCUAAAAAUAAACGGUUGCGUAAAAUUAAGGGCGUGACCGUUAGUGCAUCGUCGUCGUCGUCGUCGUCGUCGCCAUCGUGAAAAUUACAUUUUCUAGGUGCCAAUUGUUUUUUGGCUGGCUGCUACCUAUUUACCUCUGAAAUUUAUCAAAGAUAUUUCUGAUUUGCGACGGCUCGAUUUCUUGUCCUCUCUCUGUCUUUCUUUCUCUCUCUCUCUGUCUUUCCCCCCACCCCAAGCUUCCACGUGACUUCGAGGCAACUGUGUCGCCCUCACAACCGUCAUAUUCUCUUCGCCCUAUGAGGGGAAGGGGGGAUUUUCGUUCUUUCCUUCUAUGGACGGUGAUUGGCGGUUCGCGCGCGAAAAUAUUCCACCCGGUUUGGAUGUAAACGGCCAAUCUCGAUCGAACACUCGUGCCAAAAAGUAAGCACGAAAAUAUACUCUGGUGUUGGCCGAUUACGAGAAUCGUGCCUGUUCGUUCUAUUCGCGUGCCAAUGGAUCUCUUCUCGAGUCUGGAGGGAUUUUGUGCCCUCGCCCUCGACCUCGCUGCGUGAACAAAUCAUCGUUCAUUCAAUCGGAAAAUCAUGAUCGAAAGAGAAGAAAGAGCAAGAGAUUAUCGAUGGACGAAGACCACGCUUUGAAAGAGUGGUCGAACAGCCCGUCUAUUAAGAACGGUCGACAAUAACGCUCGUCGAGAAAAAUAUUAAGGAGAGGGGAUAUUUAAACACAAAGAAGAGAUACGAAGGUACCAAUUGGCUCAUCAGACGAUUAACUGAGUUGGCCAACCUAAUCUUCUCUUUAGCUAUUUUUACGACGUUGCCGCUAUUAAUACAUGCUCUAUUAUUGACAUAACGUGGCAUUGUUGAAGGAAUUGCGAUUUCCUUCGAUUCAUGACUCGAAAAACAUUCGAUUGAUUCGUCAAUGGUAAACGUCAAAAUUUAACAAGGGAGGAUGGUUCCUUGUUUGAAACAAAUGAAAAAAUUAUUUUCGAAAAGAGAGAAAAUAUUUUCUUUUAGAUUUGAAAAUUAUCCUUUUUUUUUAUUGAUGAUUUACAACAGAUAUCCUUUGAUCCGUUCUUUUCUUAAGCAUUCUAUCCAAUUAAAAGAUAGAAAUGAGGAAUCGUUGGAAGUAUAUAAAAAAAAAAAAAAA